AUGACUUGCAAUAGCGGUCUGGCGUCUACACCCCACAUGAAUUCCCCUCGGGCAUAUUUCAAGGACCUUUCCCAUUUUCUUCUUCUCUCGAGACUGACACCCCAUAUUAAGAUGGAGGUCAUCCAAAGGAACGAGGCCUUCAGAAUGAUGGAUGGCAGAAUGACAUUUUCCUAUGUCCAGGUUUUUGUUCAGCAAGAUGGUAUAUUAUAUUCUGGAAAAUGGACAAAUCGAUUAGUCUCACCGAAGACGCUGGAAGACCUCCAAGAAGUCAAGCAAAUCCCAACAGAAGACAGGGGCCCCGAUGUGAACGCCACUUGGUCUGCUGUCCAUAUAAAAACACCAAGUCUCCUCUCAUAUAUUGAUGGAAAUCUUGAAAAGCAAAUCACCCGCGAAGUUGAAACAUGUGAAAUUCUUCGCAAGAACCCUCAUCCGAACAUUGCGACCUACUAUGGAUAUAGAGAAUCUCACGGCAGAGUCUCUGGGCUAUGCUUUAAGCGAUAUACGUCUACGCUACUUGAAGUGGUUAAUCCUCAACACAUUGGCAAAGUUGCUUUCCUUUCAAGCGCGCGCGAACUAGUGCGAGAGAAUAUGGAAACUAGUUUAGACGGGAUUUUGGCCGCUAUCAAACACCUCCACUGGCUUGGGAUUGUCCAUAACGAUAUCAACCCCGCAAACAUUAUGCUUGACGAAGAUGGCACUCUUAUUCUCAUCGAUUUCGAUAGCUGUCGGUAUAUUGGGGAAGAUUUGCGCGUCACUGGAGCGAAAAGAACUCACGAUUGGCACGACCCUGCUGUCCAGAUUUCGCUUGAGAAGAAUGACCUUGACGCUUUCAAAGAUCUAGAAAUCUGGUUGACUGGUUCAUCGGGGGAAGACUUCAAAUUUAAAUGA